AUGACCGAUCAACCCGGCGGUGCACCUACGGCGGCGGCACCACCACCUCAGCGCCGGCCGAGAGUCCGAGAAGUCAGUUCCCGGUUCAUGUCCCCUUUAAUCCCCUCUAAUCCGAUCUCCUCCCCUGACACCUCCGACCUCCGCCGCUCCAAAUCAGCCCUCCGCCGCCAGCAGCCCAAAACCGACGAAAACCUAAUCCCCGAGCCCAAUCGCAACUCAGACGGUUCAAUUGUACCAACCGCACAGAAGAAACAGCACCAGCAACGAGGAAAGCAGCAAUCUUUACCAAUCCCGUCCAGGCCGGACACGCCAGCCGCCUCUGCCACCGAGAGGGUCGUCCCUUCCAGAUUCCGGCAAGCCCCCACAACCAUCCGCCGCUCGAUUUCACUGAACAGCAGCAACAAUAACGGGUGCUCGGCCGUGACCACGGCAGCUAGGCUACUGCAACGGGCCACGUCAGAUGCCUCGAUUUCAAGCUCUGACGAUUUGGAAUCAUGUGGCAGUAAUGCCUCGAAUCAGGGAAGCUCCUCGUGCCCGAAUUCUCCGCUUUGUAGUGAUGUUAAUUCGCUUUAUGUCGAAAAUUGUAGCAAAAUUAGGAGCGACUGUGCGCGCUCGUUGAAUUUUUCUUCGUCUUCUGUGAGGAUCGGCGGAGGGGUUUCUGUUUCCCGCCCACCACACCCUCCCUUGCCGGGCUUAAGGCCCGGGAUUGGAUUGGAUGUGAGGAAAGGGAGGAAGUUGGCUGAUCGAAUGGAAGACGAGCAUUGCCUGAAGAUGUUGAGUAACCGUUAUUUGCACUGGCGGUUUGUGAAUGCGAAGGCCGAAGCGUGCCUACGAGCACAGAAACAAGAAGCUGAGACAAAACUUUGGUCGCUUGCGAGCAAGAUAUCUGAUAUACGCGACAGUGUAAAAAGGAAACGGAGUGAAUUAGCAUUCAUUCAAGGAAUGAAAACAAUGACAACUAUUGUUGAGGCUCAAAUGCCAUAUCUUGAGGAAUGGUCUUCUCUGGAAGAAGAUUACUCGGAUUCUUUGUCGGCCACAACAAUUGCAAUGCUCAAUUCCUCAUCCAGACUUCCAGUCAGUGAAGAUGUGCGGGUUGACUUGGGACAGAUAGGAGAGGCUCUAAACUCGGCCAUCAAAGCUGCCGAGUUAAUCGGUUCUCAUAUUCAGAGAUUUAUACAUGAAGCAGAACAAAUGGAUAGCUCGAUUUCCGACUUAGCUAGGAUGGUCAGUGGAGAAAAGGCUAAUAUCGAGGAGUGUGGUUAUAUGCUAUCCGAGACUUACUCGUUGCAGGUAACAGAUUGGAGUCUACGGGGAACUCUAAUGCAAUUGCAUUACAACAAGCACCAUCAACCCUGUACAAGUGAAGCUCUACUGUGUUGA